AUGCGCUUGCUGAAAGCGACAGUUUCUCGAGUAAGUUUUUCCUCCUCCAAGCUCUUGAAUACAAAGUGAAACACAAUAUUUUACAGACAGAAUUCAUUUCAGAGUUGUCGGUAUGCUUCAAACACAUACGUGCGCAAACCGAUUGACCCAACAUGGUCGACAAUGGCCAAAAAGGCUAUGAAGGUAACAAAAGUUCUUCAACGAAUCUACAACAACGCUGAAGUUGUCCAUUUGCAGAGUCUUUGCUCAAAUUAAAAGUUUAAAAAAAUCUAGAAAAUCCGUUCCCUGCUUUAUUCUCUUUUCUUCUUCCUGAUAAGUAGUUCGACACGAAUCAUGAACCCAGGGGCGCGAGGCGGAUACACUGAUUUGGAACACACCGGAGGACAUUCCAAUAAAGCCCCUCUACCUGGCGACCGACCGAGAGUGCGACAAACAUCGAGAGCCUGAGGUAUAAAAAUCAGUCGACUGCAAAAGUUUUGAAGAAAUGAUUGAAAGAAUAAUUGCAUUUGGUGAUGUUCUAUGCGUUGAGAAGAAAGUUUGAAGAAAACGAGUAAAAAGCGUGUCAGUGACAAGCAAUAUUCAUUCAUACCAACGUGAAGCGCCUCUUAUAAAGACCUAUUCAAUACAGUUGAACUCAACUCAGAGUGCAAAAACAAAUUAAAAGAUCUACUCUACAACGGCUCUUUUCUUUCGUUUUUAGAAGAAUAACUUGCACUAAGUACCUCUUGUUAAAAUGGUAACUCAGAGUUCUAACGCUCAUUUUUUUCUCUCUUGUUUCAGCUUCCCGGCAAGUUUCCCUUCACUCGCGGACCCUACCCCACCAUGUACACUCAGAGACCAUGGACCAUCCGACAAUAUGCCGGAUUUUCAACUGUCGAAGAAUCGAACAAGUUCUACAAGGAAAAUAUCAAAGCCGGCCAGCAAGGGCUCUCUGUGGCAUUUGAUUUGGCCACACAUCGAGGGUGAUUCUUUUUUCUCGAUUGAUUGAGCGCUGUACAACGAAAUUAUUCAUGUCGUGAUCAAAGCUUCUGAGGCGCACGUCGUAGGAUAAAAAUAUUUUUACAGGGGUACAGGAUUUUCAAGUGACUUCUGCGGCCGCGCUUCCUCAGAUUUCUCAAGCAACUUUUGAAGAUUUUACGAAAAGAACGCGUUUUUCUUCGAAUAAAUUGAGCUAUCCUUCUCUGCUUUUAGUUUUGAUUUUUUUAACAGGUUAGAAUGAAUAGUUGUUGCACUCUAACAGAUUCCUUUUGUUAUAAUCCAUUCCGAUAAAGUUCAAAAUUCAAAAGACCAUAAGGGCAAACAGCCAUAAGCUAUGUGAUCGUUUCUACGUAUUAGGAUAUAAUAAAUAUUUUACUUCAAAAACUAAGUUGUCAAGCAAAAUUUGACAUUAUAAUCCAUUCCGAUAAAGUUCAAAAUCAAAAUGAAAAAAAAAUUCGAAAUUGGAAAACGCGUUCUUGUCGUGGCACUGUUUUGAACGCGGCAUCAAGUUCACCCGGCAAAUGUUUUUGCAGCAAAUAGUGAACUGAUCAAUAUUUGACUUUGAAUUUUUUAUAGAUACGAUUCGGACAACCCUCGUGUAUUUGGUGACGUUGGAAUGGCCGGUGUUGCUGUUGACUCGGUUGAAGACAUGAAACAGGUUCAAGCCCCUUAUCGUAUACCUUGAAAACGUUGACUUUCAAGCUUUUCGACGGCAUUAACUUGGAGAAAAUGAGUGUAUCAAUGACAAUGAACGGGGCUGUCAUCCCUAUCCUUGCCAUGUACAUUGUUGCCGCCGAGGAAUCGGUGAGGUUUUUUCAUUUCUCCAUGAAAGGAAACGUGAACCUCAUAAUUUAAGGGCGUCGCCAGGAAAUUGCUCUCGGGAACCAUUCAAAACGAUAUUUUGAAAGAGUUCAUGGUCCGCAACACGUACAUAUAUCCACCGGAACCUUCCAUGAGGAUCAUUGGAGAUAUUUUCGCCUACACGAGUAAGGAAAUGCCAAAGUUCAACUCUAUCUCGAUCUCUGGCUAUCAUAUGCAGGUUUGUUUUCCUUUUGAAACUUCUGAUCGGUGAAUACGUGUACCGCAAGACUUCAGGAGGCUGGAGCUGGUGCAGCUCUCGAAAUGGCCUUCACCAUCGCUGAUGGAAUUCAGUACUGUCAGACAGGUCUCGAUGCCGGUCUUACCAUCGAUCAGUUUGCCCCGCGUCUUUCCUUUUUCUGGGGCAUUGGAAUGAACUUCUACAUGGUUUUUUCGAAUUUAUGAUGUCCAAUUCGUGACGACUACCAUAGGAAAUCGCCAAGAUGCGCGCUGCUCGUCGCUUAUGGGCCACUUUGAUCAAGGAACGCUUUUCUCCGAAAAGCGACAAAUGCGAAAUGCUACGCACGCAUUCUCAGACAAGUGGAUGGUCCCUGACUGAGCAGGUGAGAUCUCUUUCAAAGGGAUUCUUUUUUAUUGCGUAGCAUGCUCUUGGUGAGACCAAAAAGUUUCGUUUUCAUUUCACAUAAGUAAACCGGAAAAGUUUCUUUGAAGAUCUUCAGAAGAUCCUGAGAGGGAGCUAGUAAGAUUCUUCUAAAAGUUUCUGAGUUCUAUGGAAAUGGAUUACAACUAUAAAAAAACAUAUAAUACGAACUUCCACAGACAGUAAUCUUCACAAAUGGAAAACUCCCAGUUGUCUGAACACCUCCACAUACAGUAAUCUUCAAUUUUAUGGAAAUAGAUUACAACUAUAAAAAAACAUUUUUUUAAUUCGAUUACCUAUUCACUCUGACUUAUUAUAAAGCAAAGACCAAAAAAUUUUGAAAUAUAAAUUAAAAAACGCGGAAAAGAAGUACACACACCUAAUACGAACUUCCACACACAGCAAUCUUCGCAAAUGGAAAACUAAUUUGAUACGAGGUUUACAGGAUCCGUAUAACAACGUGGUCCGGACGACGAUCGAAGCGAUGGCGUCGGUUUUCGGUGGCACGCAGUCGUUGCACACGAAUUCCCUCGAUGAAGCCCUCGGCCUCCCGACGAAAUUUUCAGCACGAAUUGCCCGAAACACCCAGAUUAUCAUUCAAGAAGAAAGCGGAAUUUGUAAGGUGACUUUUUGAAUUUACCUUUUGAAUUUCGUUUUUUUUUUCCUUCAGCAAGCUGUUGCAAAUCGUCUGUUGAAAUGUGGGCAAAAUACCCGUUUGCCUGGUCUUUGAAUAAUCAUGAUUUGUUUUGAAGGUGGCUGACCCCUGGGGAGGGUCCUACAUGAUGGAAUCGCUGACAGACGAAAUCUACAAUAAAGCAAUGGAGGUUAGCUUUUUCUCCGCUAGUUUUUUUUCUUGAUCUUUCUCUCCGUUGUCACCGUUUAAUCCACAUGAAAAAAACGUAAUUUUUUUAACAUUUUUUUUGAGAUCAGUUUCCUCUCAAAUUUCGCUAAUUUUCAAUGGCGCGAAAUAUUUUGAGAAUCAGCUUUGCACUUCCUGAUCUUUUGAGUUGGACCAAGUUUACAGAUAAUUCAUGAAAUUGACGAGCUCGGAGGCAUGGCAAAAGCCGUAGCGUCUGGGAUGACCAAGUUGAGGAUCGAGGAAGCAGCGGCCAAGAAGCAGGCAAGAAUUGAUUCCGGCAAGGACGUCAUCGUUGGAGUCAACAAGUAUCGAUUGGAACAUGUAAAAAAAUCAAUGAUCUUAAAAAAAAAAAGUCAAGUGCUUCAUUUCAAGGAAGAGCGUGUGGAAGUCUUGAAAAUUGACAACAAGCACGUGCGCGAGGGCCAAAUCAAGAAGCUGGAGCAGAUCCGAGCAACCCGUGAUUCGCAACGAGCUCAAGACGCCCUUCAGGCUCUCACGAAGGUUGGCUUCAGAUAGAAGAUCGCCGAGAAAAAGGAACGACUAAAAAAAGAAAUUUUAGGCUUCAGCCAUCAUUGAGCUUGAUUAGAGAAACGAUGAUCAGAUAUCAUGUACAGUACCGUCAGAAAAGAUAAAAAUAAGAUUUUCGCUCACAUCCUCCUUUUAUGAGGCUCAAUCUUUUUGAAAAUCUUCAAAGCUGCGUGUUUUUUCUUCCUCUCCGAGCUGAAAUCCCUCCAGAGAGUUACAAAUAUCAAUAAUCACAACUCCCGAAGGUUCCAGAAAGAUCAAACUACAUUCAAGAAAGUUUUGAUCAAAAAGCUUUUUUUCGUAACUUUUUUGGCGGUACUGUAUACGUGCAACAUUCCGUUGCUCUACUUUUUUGUUGAUUGAUGAGUUUUUAUUUCUUUGAGGCUGCCGCUGGCAAGGGAAACUUGCUCGAGUUGGCUGUUGAUGCGUCUCGAGCCCGUUGCACCGUUGGCGAAAUCAGUGACGCUCUGGAAAAAGUUUUCUCUAGGUGAGGUCCUUUUCUUUUUUUUUUUUUUUUGAACGGUGCUAACUCUGUGUAGGCACGCCGCCGUCAACCGCCUUGUUUCUGGAGCCUACAAAUCAGAAUUUGGAGAAACGGACGAAAUCGCUCAGGUACUUUUUAUAUAGAUUUAUUCCACUUCUAAAAAGGGAAUUUCAAAAUCAUCUCGGAGGAAUUCAAGUCUACAAAAUGAUUUUAAAAAAGUACUUCAUUAUACCAGAUUUUUGAGCGUUUUUGAGACGAGAUAAGAAUUUUGUAGUUUUGAUUUACUAAUUUGACUAAAACGCUGAAAAACUCGAAAUUUCAAAAAAAUAUAGGUUUUUAAUGGUACCAGAUGGUUUUUUAUAAGACUCUUUGAAAAUGGCGAGAAACUAGAGUUUGGAUUGAGUUGUUUAAAUGCGCAGGAGUCAAAAAAUUAUUUCUGAUUUUCUUUAAGAACAGAUUUGCUUGAUUUGAGGUUCUCGGACGUGUAAAGUCGUUUGCUGACAAAGAAGGACGUCAACCGCGAAUCAUGGUGGCCAAGAUGGGUCAGGAUGGGCAUGAUCGAGGCGCAAAAGUUAUUUCAACCGGAUUCGCUGACCUCGGUACGAACUCAGUUGUUUGGAUUGAUCGACAUUAAGUGAAUUGAGAUUUGUUUCAAAAAAAAAGACGAGAAAAACUGUACUCGAUAAGAUGUUCUGUAGAAGGAAAUUCUUAGGAUUUGACGUGGAUGUGGGGCCCUUGUUCCAAACACCCGGAGAAGCGGCACAACAGGCCGUCGACGCCGACGUCCAUGUCGUCGGGGCAAGCAGCCUCGCCGCGGGACACCUUACGCUCAUUCCGCAGCUCAUUGACGAGCUGAAAAGGCUGGGCCGACCGUCAGUUUUUUUUAGAUCAAAAAAUGGUCUCUUUGUUCUCUCUUCUGUCAAAGAAAAUAUUUUUUGGCAGUCUUAUGGAGCUUCAUAGAUUGCAAAAUACGCAAAUUAUGACAAAAAGGGGCUUUUUCAAGCUUUUAAAGGGUUUCAACUCGUAAACGAGAUCUAUUGCGAUAAUUUCUUUUUCUUGUUAUGCAGUGAGAAGGUUUUACAGUACACUUCAGCAAAAUCUCAUCAAAGGGGUAAAAAACGUUCCCUAGUUAGUUGCACUUCUAUAAUGUCGGAUUCCAUAAAGUUUAUAGAACAAAAUCUCUUUAGGGACAUCUUGGUGGUGGCUGGCGGCGUGAUUCCCCCUCAGGAUUACGAUGAGCUCUACAAGGCAGGCGUCGCUCUGGUUUUUGGGCCUGGAACUCGACUACCAGCCUGCGCCAAUCAGAUCCUUGACCGCCUCGAGGGGAACCUCAGCUCACCACAGCGCUCCGCUUCAAAUUGA